GAAGUUUCCUAAGCUAUUGCUUAGGAAUGUACCUAAGAUGCCCCAAUUUAGGUUAAUAAACUAAUCGUAUUUUCCCACAUGCCAUGAAUGGCUGUCUGCUUGUCUUGGACAAAGGUCUUGUAGCAGCUACCUGGCAGCAUGUCUUGGCAACCACACAACCUACCCUGCGUCCCAAAAACUGCUGAACUGCUGGUCACGCUGCUUGGACAGGAGGCUUGUUUUACCAAGUAAUAUGGGUCACGUAACUCAUCUGAAACGGCUGCUCUCAGUUGUGAUUUGUGAGUCUGAUCUACCUUGCCUGAGGAACUCGAGGUGCCUUGCUCUGCACUGAGGCCUGCCCCACACUUUGGUGAGAAGAGCCCCUUAAAGAAAGGGAAUCUUGAAGCAAAGUGCUCCUGUCUGGAUCCCUGUGGUGGAGCUUACAGUUCCUCUCUGUCGGCCAGUGGGACAACUGGAGAUUGGUAGUCCUCUGCUCCUGGCUCAGAGGGACGAGCAGCAAAGCUGACACCAGGCAGCAGGUUGUGGGCAUUGUGUGUGGAUGCUGUUGUGUGUAUCUUCUCCCUGUCUGGCCAACACAGGAGAGCUUCUAGAGAACCACCAUGCCAAACUGGGGAGGUGGCAACAAAUGUGGUGCCUGUGGCCGCACCGUCUACCAUGCUGAGGAGGUGCAGUGUGAUGGGAGGAGCUUCCACCGGUGCUGCUUCCUCUGCAUGGUCUGCCGGAAAAACUUGGACAGCACAACCGUAGCGAUUCACGAUGCCGAAGUUUACUGCAAAUCUUGCUAUGGGAAAAAGUAUGGCCCGAAAGGUUACGGAUAUGGCCAAGGGGCAGGAACACUGAACAUGGACAGGGGGGAGCGACUAGGCAUCAAGCCUGAGAGCACACCUUCUCCUCACCGGCCUACUACAAAUCCAAACCCUUCAAAGUUUGCUCAGAAGUUUGGAGGGGCAGAGAAAUGCUCAAGGUGUGGUGAUUCUGUUUAUGCAGCAGAGAAAGUAAUAGGAGCUGGAAAGCCAUGGCACAAAAACUGCUUCCGAUGUGCCAAGUGUGGAAAAAGCCUAGAAUCUACAACCCUAACUGAAAAAGAGGGAGAAAUCUAUUGUAAAGGUUGUUACGCAAAGAACUUUGGCCCCAAGGGAUUUGGGUAUGGCCAGGGAGCAGGUGCCCUUGUUCAUGCCCAGUGAGGGGGCUAAAAACUCCUUACGGCUCUGCAGAAAUCCUGCUAGAAGGAACAAGAGAGUUUCCUAAAUGUUACUAACUACUGUGAAACAGAUACUAGUUACUGUAGUGCUUGGGCAUACAUUCUGCAGAUGAUUAAAAAAAAAAAAUCAAACACAAACACUGCUUUUUUCUUUGCUUUGUAUAUCACACUGUAACACUUUUAAUACUGAGUAUCAAUUCAAUAAAGCUUUGCUUGUUGAUAUAUCCUGAA